AUGAGUGCACCAGAGCCUGCGGCGAUAUGGCUUCCUGACGAGGUCCUCUUAAAUAUCUUUUCCAUGCUACAAGAUAGUAACGACCCCGAUGCAAUCUCCAGGAAACAAGCAAACAUAACCCUCUACAACGCGUGCUUGGCAUCAAAGCGACUCGAAAGCCUUGCUCAAAGGGUCCUGUAUCGCUGCAUCGAUGCACGAUCAUCAAAGUGCCUUUUAACGCUUGGCCAAAUUCCUCGCCUGUGUCGGCUGGUUCGAGAGCUGUAUUGCCCUUACGAUGAGGAAGUAGUCAAUGCCUUCCUACACCCAUGUUUUCGAAAGUAUAUAUGGCUCCCGUCUUCAUGGAAUGACAACUAUCCGAAUUGGCUCGAAAGCGAACAUGGUCGACAAGAAUACUACAACCUGGCAACAGCAUUCUGGGUGAAGAGGCUACCCAACCUAAACAGACUCACUAUGAGUCUGAACUGCGACAUGAAUGCCUUGACAAGCCUGGUACGAAAGAGUUUGAACGGGCAGCCAAAGCGAUUCCCUCAGUUGACGAGAAUUGACUUCAACGCUUGUCCAAGCGGUAUACCACCGUGCAUUCAGCCGAGCUUGGUUCUUUUUCAGCUUCCGUUUCUCAAAACAGUGACCAUCCACGACAUGCCCAUCUUUGCGAAAACGAGCAGCGGAGACCUGGAAAUGCCAAAGAAUGCCUGCAGGCGACUUGAAAGGCUUGAUGCUGACUUUUCAUGGAUCACACCCGGCAGCUUGCAAAAUCUGCUAUCAGUCUGCGAGAGCCUUCGCUUCCUGGACAUCAAGAUCGUAACAAUGUCAGCCACAACGUGCGAUCCAUUCAGCUACCGCUUCGGCGACUGGAUUCAGCACUGUCACGCCUUGGAGAGUCUUGACAUUCAAAUCAAGGCAUGUAGGCGGUGGACGGACGGAUUGAGUGGUGGAAGGCAGGUUCAGGAGCAGACGUGGGUUGCAAACAACAUCGGGUCACUCCAGAACCUGACCCACCUCAAGAGAUUCUCCUUGAGUGUAGAGUUUCGUCACUUGACGAUUCCAGGACCUUCCAUUCCUCCCCCCGGACCGUCAAAACUUGACCUUGAGCUCAUGCUUCCAACCUCGAUCGAGCAGUUUGAGAUCAGGAAGCUCGGUAUUCCAGACUACAAGUCUUUUGUCAGGAACAUACGCGAACUCCUCCAGUCAAAACGGCUUACGAAUUUGUUUCAAGUAUCCGUGGCAGCUAAAUUGAAGCCACAUCAUAUCACACAACUGUGCUGGGAGGUACAAUUGUGUGGAUCCGGUCAGUUUGAUAAAGUCAUUCACUUGGUGCACAGAGAUCGCAAGAGGAGAAUUCAAUUGUCGCGCUAUGAGCAGGGGUCAUGA